GCACUCAAACAUUUGACAACGUCUGUGUCAAAAUGUCUGCUCCCAACAAAACGAAAAUUGUAAAAUCGUUGCCUAAACUCUAAACUUGCGUUCAUAGUGCUUUAAAUUCGUCGAAAUAACGCACGUUGAUGGCAGGUAAUGGUGUAAAAAAUUUUCUUGUGAAGACCGCACCGUGUUCGAGAAAUUGUUAAUUCGGCUAAAAAACGUACUAUGGCUGACUCCAACUUGGAUCAGCACUUAGCCAAACCGGUUCAUAUUCAAAGACUCGAAAGAAGUUUGCGAUUAGAACCCUUUCUGGAUCAAGUACAAGACGUUUUGCGAAGGGAUGAAGAUGACUCAUCUGACAGUUUUUGUGAUCCUGCUGUUAAGAUACCUGAAGAUGUACAGUUCCUGCAUGGAUUGCCUGUUUCAAAAUCUGAUAGAAUAACAAAUAAGUUUCGUUUAUACAACUUUGAACAAAUUGGGAAAGAAAGAGCUUGGUUAAAAGAUGUUCUUCUUAGUGAUUCAAGUUCCAAUGAGUCUGAUCCUGAAGCCCAGGCUGAAGAAGGAAUACAUGAAUUGCUCUAUCUACAUCGUUUGAGAAAGAAAUAUCAAGCCAAAUUUUACUCAUCAACAAAAAAUCGACAAUUCAUGUAUUACUCAGCAGGUCUACUUUCAAAGAGAGACAUAUAUCCCGAACAUAAAUCUUCUGUAUUGAAAAGUGAAGAAUUGAAAUCUGGUCGUGAAAAAACAGAUAAGAUAAUUCCCAAAGAGACUAAACUGGUCAGAAGGAGAAAGAAGAAAACUAAAGAUGAUAAAAAUGAAGCAGACAUGAAAAUCUUAAAUGUUAAGUUGGAACCUGGGACUCCUGUGCUCUCGAAUUUUGAACCAAAAGAAGCAUCCUCGGAUACCGUCGUGAAAUCUUCUCUUAUAGUGGUUAAAAAAGAGCCUGUUGACUUCUCUGAAACUGCUGAUUUUAGUUUUGAAUCAGACGUGGAUGAACCCGGAGGAUUAUUUCGUAACGUGAUGGAGACUGGUAGUGGACUUCAAUCCCCUUCUCCUGUUCUAUCGCAUUCUCCUACACCACUUAGUCCGUCCCCUCAUCCCUCACCUAAAGGAAAGAAGAAAAAAGAUCGAUUAAAGAAGGAAAAAGUUGAAAAGAAAGGAAAGUUAAAGAAAGAGAAGGGCCCACCUUCAGUUAAGGCCCUGAUCGCUCAACGACGUAAAUUAUGGUUGCUAAUUUGCAAGAAAGAGAUAAGCAAGGCAUCGAAAGCUCGCAUUAAUAACCACAAAGAAGAAUUGGUUUCUUGUAAACGCGCUGCAACUGGCUGCAUGCGUGUAUGCCGUUUGCGUGCCAUGCAGUCUCAGAAAGCCAUGAAAGAAAUUGUGUGGCGUGCCAAAAGACUCACACGUGAAAUGCAAGCUUACUGGAAGCGUUAUGACAGAGUUGAAAAGGUUCAACGUCGCCAAGCAGAAAAGGAAGCAGAAGAACAGCGCAAGCUCGAUGUGGAGUUGAUGGAAGCAAGGAGACAGCAGCGGAAGCUCAACUUCCUGAUAACACAAACGGAACUGUACGCCCAUUUUAUGGCCAAAAAACUUGGAAACCCUGAUGCAGCUGCUCAACACGAUUUGAUUCUCGGCCACCUUGAUGAAGAAGUCAAUCCGCAAUUAGCAUAUUUAGAUGAUUACGACUGCGAAGCCACCAAACAGCGUGUAAUGAACAAUGUCAACACAGCAUUUCACGUACAUCAACAACAGACGCAACAGUUCGAUGACCAAGAGGAAUUAGAAGUAUUAACCUCGAACGAAGUUCAUGCACGUCCGGAGCAUGCGCAACCAAAAAUAUUUCAAGGAUCUUUAAAAUCGUAUCAGUUAAAGGGUAUGAAUUGGAUCGCAAACCUGUACGACGAAGGCAUAAAUGGCAUUCUUGCCGACGAAAUGGGGUUGGGUAAAACAGUACAGUCGAUCGCUUUCUUGGCUCACAUUACCGAACAAUAUGGAAUCUGGGGUCCGUUUCUGAUCAUUUCACCAGCCUCAACACUACAUAAUUGGCAGCAAGAAUUAGCACGUUUCGUCCCAGACUUUAAAGUUAUCCCUUAUUGGGGAAGCCCCCAGGAAAGAAAAAUCCUUCGGAAAUUUUGGGAUACCAGAAAUUUGCAUACUCCAGAUGCCAGCUUUCACGUAGUUGUAACAUCCUACCAGCUAAUCGUGACAGAUUAUAAAUAUUUCAAUCGAAUCAAAUGGCAAUAUAUGAUAUUGGACGAAGCACAGGCCAUCAAGAGUGCUUCUAGUACCCGCUGGAAAAUGCUUCUGGGUUUUAACUGUCGCAACAGACUUCUUUUAUCUGGUACGCCGAUUCAAAAUAGCAUGGCUGAACUGUGGGCUUUACUUCAUUUCAUCAUGCCUACUUUAUUUGACUCACACGAGGAGUUCAACGAAUGGUUUUCUAAAGACAUUGAGUCUCAUGCUGAAAACAAAACGGGCAUCGAUGAAAAACAUUUGUCUCGUUUGCAUAUGAUUCUUAAGCCGUUUAUGCUACGUCGUGUUAAAAAAGACGUUGAAAAUGAACUUUCGGACAAAAUUGAGAUUAUGAUGUAUUGCCCACUAACCAACCGACAGCGAAUGUUGUAUCAAGCACUUAAAAGAAAAAUCAGUAUAGAUGAUUUGCUGUAUUCGGGCGGGUCAUCCGCCACUGCUCAAAACGCCACGACGACGCUUAUGAAUCUUGUUAUGCAGUUCAGAAAGGUUUGCAACCAUCCUGAGCUAUUUGAAAGAAGAGAGGCAAAAUCCCCUUUUUUCUUUCAACCUGCAUCGUACGAUUUACCCAAAUUCCUGUUUCGCCAAGGGCUUCUACACACAGCUUUCCCCAGCCGCCGUCAUUUGUUAUUAGGUCGUUUUUUUAUUUGGAGUCAAGAAUAUUCCCACCGGUCUUUAUUCCCGUCUGAAUCGCAAAUUACGAAUGGCUCAUUGCUGGUUGAAAGUUUUGUAUCGUUUAGCCGUUUGAUGGGGCUUUCUCCCUUCGAACUUUUUUCCAUUAUGAAUAAUGGAAUUCUGUCAAGUUUGAAAUAUGGUCGCACUGUUUUGGAAUGUGAAGCAAUCCAGCUCCAUAACCAAAUUUGGAAGGAUGGAGUAAAACCUCAUUUACUCAUUCAGCCUCUUAAUGCAUUAUCUUCAGCUUCUGUGAAAUCCAGCAACAUCCUCUCGUCAUUUGUUUUCACAACAUCUAUCGGAACAGGCUAUGCCCACUUGGAUCACCGGCUUUCAAAUAUGCCAGAAACAAUUGAGCAUCGGAUUUUACGAAACCGCAAAGCUAAAACUGCUGGUGCUUCCGAAUUUCCGUUCGUGUCUCGGCCAACACAAACCUUAAAGUGUUUGUGGACGAACAUGCCAAAUCUUUUGUCCUUGCCCAUUUUGAAGGUGAGUUGCCGCGGCUCUCCUGUUGUUUGUAGCGACAGAAGCGCAGCCUACUGGCUAGAAAAGUUCUCUCAUUGCGCUAGCGCUGAAGGAAAGAAUCUGAUCCUCUGUGGAUCAGCUGAAGUUCGUGAAGCAACACCCUCAAUUUUCCAAUCGUCCUGUGUUGGCGGACUCGAAGUUGCUAAGCCAAAGCAGGGCUGGUCCAAUGUGAUACUUCCAGACAAGGAAACAUUAAUUUGUGAUGCAGGCAAGUUACAAGUUCUUGAUGCCCUGCUACGCCGACUCAAAAGUGAAGGCCACCGAGUAUUAAUUUAUUCGCAGAUGACCCGAAUCAUUGACUUGCUUGAGGAAUAUAUGUGGCAUCGCAAGUGGACAUACAUGCGGUUAGAUGGGUCCUCAAAGAUAUCUGAUCGCCGAGACAUGGUCGCCGAUUUUCAGACCAGGUCCGACAUUUUUGUCUUCUUGUUAAGUACUCGUGCAGGAGGUCUUGGCAUCAAUUUGACGGCGGCUGACACGGUUAUUUUCUAUGAUAGUGACUGGAAUCCUACCGUGGAUCAGCAGGCUAUGGAUCGUGCUCAUCGUCUAGGACAAACAAAGCAGGUGACGGUCUAUAGGUUAAUUUGUAAAGGCACAAUUGAAGAGCGCAUUUUACAACGUGCUCGAGAAAAGAGCAAAAUUCAAAAGAUUGUAAUUUCCGGCGGCAAUUUCAAACCAGAUACUUUAAAACCGACUGAGGUUGUUUCUUUACUUCUGGAUGAUGAAGAAAUCGAAAGAAAAUAUCGCCUACGGCAAGCAGAACGGAAACAACAAGAAUUAGAACGUGAAGCUGAACGAAAGCGGAAGCACAUGGGAAGUUCAACUUCGGUGAUGCCGGAAGCCAAACGCACUUGUCUUGGCAGUGCUACACCCACCGAAUACACUCCGGCCGCAAGUCCAACUUUAACUGAGCAUUCGUCUCAAAGUGGAUUUCGUUUUGAUGAAACGUCUAAUGAUGGAUCAUUGGUGGUCGAUGAUAGUGGACUAGUGGAUUCAUCAGGUGUUGGACGAUUUACACCUCUAAUUCCGGGUCGUCAACGACCCCGACCCAAUCGAGGAGGCAGACGAGGACGUCCACCAGGAUCUGGUAAACGUUCUAGAGUUAUGGCCUCGUCGUCCGGGACUGGUCGUGAGACCACUAAACCUGCGUUGGAGAAUGAAGUCGGCUUUUUGAGCCCAGAAGCAAAUCGUUUAUCAGACAUAUCUAGCAAUAAUGGAGAGGAAGCGCAUGCAACGGUGCAAGACAUUUCAGCUAGCCCAACAGUAAAACGUCGCCCUGGAAGACCCCGCUUAAGACCGGUUGGUCCUGCUCACCAAGGAAAUCGAAAAUCUAAAUCGGAAGGGUCCGUAAAGAAAACUCGCAGAGGUGCUCCCUCAGGUCCGCGUGUCAUCAAACCUCUUCCUGUGCCCAUCGGUUUAAUGACAACUAAAAACUCGGAAGUAACCCGAACACCAAUGACUCCUACUUCCUCAACGCCAAUCGCGAAAUCUCGACCUAGUAGCUAUCUUCACGACUCCUUGUCACCCUAAAUGAAGUAGUAUUGGGCUUAGAAUUCUACUAGAUACGAACUAAAGAGGAAAUCAAAUCUCGGGGAACAUCUAAAUACAACUAUUAUUUCUUGUUUUUUUUUCCCUUGACUCUUCUGUGCCCGUCCCCUCCAGUGUUCUAUUUUGGCCAGCACACUCCCAACGUAUACACUAUACAGUCUUGUUCUGUUUCUGUUUGUAAUGUUGGUAAUAGAAAUGAAACGUCAA